GGAGGGAUUUGUUUACAUAAAUGGCAUUUGAGUUUCCUAAUCUUUCCUCACAUUGAGAGACGGAUCUGGAAACUGGGAUUGUGGAAGUUUAGGCUCACCCCUAAGAGCUUAAAAUUAACCACCAACAAGUUCACAAAAUGGGAACUUUCAUGAAAAUCAUAUUCGCUAGCGUAUGUGUUGCAUUCCUUGCUGUCAAGUGGACCGCACCCAGUUUUGAUGCAGACUCUCUCAGAGGUGCCAGGGUAGUAGUGACUGGGGCCAGUACGGGUAUUGGUGAACAAAUGGCGUAUCACUACGCCCGCUUUGGAGCCCAAAUAGUAAUUACAGCAAGAAGGGAAAAAGUAUUACAGCAGGUGGCAGAGAAGUGUCUGAGUUUGGGAGCCCAGAAAGCGCUCUACAUAGCAGCCGACAUGGCCAAUGAAUCAGAUCCUAACAAGGUGGUAGAUUUUGCUCUGGAAAAGCUUGGGGGGUUGGAUUACCUGGUUCUCAACCACAUUGGCCCGAGCCCCUUCGCACUGUGGGAUGGAGAUGUGGAGCACACCAGGUGGCUGAUGAAGGUCAAUUUCUUCAGCUAUAUUCAGAUGGCUUGGAAAGCUAUGGCCUCCCUCGAACAAAGUAAAGGAUCGCUGGUGAUUGUUUCAUCACUUUUAGGUAAAAUGUCCAGUCCUUUUGUGGCACCGUAUACUUCAACAAAAUUUGCAUUGAAUGGUUUCUUCGGGGCCCUUCAGCAUGAGCUGGCUAUGAAGAAGAGCAAUGUGUCCAUCUCUAUAUGCACACUGGGGCUCAUUGAUACCGAGGCGGCAAUGGAGAAAGUCAGGGGUGUCACUAAUGUACCAGCCUACCCUGCCACAGAUGCAGCCUUCAACAUCAUCAUUACAGGAGCUACAAAACAGCCAGAGCUCUUCUACCCUUGGUUCACCCACUUUGUGACUCUCAGUAAAGACUGGUUCCCUGCCAUCACUAACUAUUUCAUCCAGAACUCCUACAACUACAACCCAUGAAAAUCUGUAGUACCAUUAUUCAGUACAUGGGUUAAUAUUACUAUUCAGUAUGACCUGUUGCAUCAUAUUCAUCAUGUAUUGAUACACAAUGGGCAUGAUGAUGCUGUAGACAGCCCUGUCUGUAAUCAAUAUAUUCCACUACCCAGAUUUAGUCUUAAUAUUCUACUAAUUUUUAACCUUCCAGUUUGAAAAUAGUGUUUCUUUACAGCCAAACUGACCAGAAUACUGUAUAUAAUAAAGGGAACCCCAUCCACCUUUCCUCAUCUUGCCUUUGGUAGAGGUCCAGUUAUAAAAACUCCAUGGGGGAGAACAUCUUAUGGCUUGGGUUUGUUUCAUUUUGGCCUACCUCAAAGAGAUUUUUUAAAAAAGGGGUUAAUUCCUAUCUACACAGUACAACCAAUGUGAACCAUGAGCUAAGGCACCAAUAGCCAUUACACGCAAAUGUAAAAAAUCCACCUAGUACUCAGAGCACAACACAUGGAGCAGUACACAGUAGGAGAACGUUCUGCUCAACAGGCGAGUGUCAGGAAAAGGACGUUUCUGAAGAGCAGAGGACACCUUCAGGAUUCAGUGAUGGUUGGAACAUUUGACAUUACUACAGUUCUGUGGUGAAAGUGAAAGGCUUGGUGAAAGAAGAAGACACUUUCUCCCAGUCGUACUGUAUUUAUCUUUCUUGUAAAACAUUUCCUUUCCGAGUGAUUUUGGGGAUAGUGAAAUAGUCAGAGGUGACAGGAUCACCGCACAAAGACCAAUUAUAAACUCUGCAACCACUGAUUACUAAGUGUAAAACUGAUUGGAACCCUUGAACAUUAAAAUUAUUUUGUUAUUAAAACAUUCAGUCCUACACACUCAAAAGAAUCAAGUACAUGCUCAGUACCGUACCUCAGAGACAUUUAACAGAAUGAAAGACUACAUUGAAUGUCCACAUGGGGGCAGUAGUGCCAAAGUAGUAAAGUAAGGCUACUUCAUCCUAUUUACAGCAACCAGUCCAUUCUCUGUUGAGAAAAAAAAUCCUUGAUAGCACAUCGUCAUGCAUUUGAUGGUGAUGUAGCAAUCUGGCUUGAAAUAUUUUUAUAUAGUACUGGAGAAUUGUGUCCUGUUUGUUCUCAGAUUGAAUCAUCUGACUUUUUUUUUAAACCUCCAUCACCAUAUCAAUUCUCACCCUCCCUGUUCCUUUUCCUGUCUUCACUGUUCCACACCCCUGGAUUCCUCUCCAUCUCCUCUAUUCUUCUCUAUUUCAUUUAGUUUCUUCUUUCCAAAGCUGGCCACAGUAGGCGUUGCAGACUUCCUACAGAGCAGGACUUUCUCAGCGGGUUCCUUUGUGUCUUUGUUCAUCAUCCCCCAAAAGCACCGCAGGCUUCCUGUGAAGCUGUUGGCUCAAUCCAUCCUGGUGGUCUUUUCUUUAUUGUAAUACACCCUAGAGGUUGUACCCUGCUGAGAGUGGUUUUCUACUGUAUACCCCAGAGUGAGU